UCAACAAACUCUUCAUCUGAGAUUGGUUCCUGUGUGUCAUAUGGUUUACAAGUCAGUGGGAAUUAAGGACAGCACAUACAAGCUGAAAGGCCAAAUAAGGAAAUGUAUUCCUUCUCUUGACAGUUCUAAUUUAACUUGGCUAAAGCCAGUUUUUAGGUUGACUUGGGCAGAAAAGUGAAAAGAGAAUGCUCCACUUUAACCGAUGUCCGCAUCUGAAACAAAUAGCCCAGAAAUGUUUUCCCAGUAUACAUGUUAAAACGGAUAAACAUGUGCAGCUGUUUCUUUCAAGAACCCUUGCACUUGCAGAAUUCAGGAAGUCGUGGCACUCAACCCACUCUCUUGUUGGAGACAAAAAUAUUAUCCUGAUGGGACCGCCUGGUGCUGGGAAAACAACAGUAGGCAGAAUAAUAGGUCAGAAACUAGGUUGUUGUGUCAUAGAUGUGGACGAUGAUAUCCUUGAAAAAACCUGGAAUAUGAGUGUGUCUGAAAAAUUACAGGAUGUUGGUAAUGAGCAAUUUUUAGAAGAGGAAGGAAAAGCCGUGUUAAACUUCUCUACAUCUGGAAGUGUGAUUUCCCUUACGGGGUCCAAUCCAAUGCAUGAUGCUAGCAUGUGGCAUCUGAAGAAAAAUGGGAUAAUUGUAUACCUGGAUGUACCUCUAAUAGAUAUAGUCAGCCGCUUAAAAUUAAUGAAAAUUGAUAGGAUCGUAGGUCAGGAUGCUGGAACAUCUAUGAAAGACUUACUUAAGUUUAGAAGACAGUAUUAUAAGAAGUGGUAUGAUACCCGUGUUUUCUGUGAAAGUGGGGCUUCCCCAGAGGAGGUCGCUGACAAAGUGCUCAGUGCAGUCAAACGGUACCAAGAUGUGGACUCAGAAACGUUCGUUUCAACAAGACACAUUUGGCCUAAAGACGAACGGAAGGUUUCAACAAAAUUCUUUAGCGAAGCAGUGAUUGAGGGGUUAGCUUCUGAUGGUGGACUCUUCGUUCCUGAGAAAGAGUUUCCAAAAUUAAACUGUAGGGAGUGGAAAAGCCUCGUAGGAGCAACCUACAUAGAAAGGGCACAAAUCCUGCUGGAAAAGUGUAUACAUCCAGCUGAUGUACCUGCUGCCAGAUUGGGAGAAAUGAUUGAGACUGCUUAUGGGGAAAACUUUGCCUGCUCCAGAAUUGCCCCUGUCCGGCAUCUCUCAGGCAACCAGUUCAUCCUGGAGUUGUUUCACGGACCAACAGGAUCAUUUAAAGAUUUGUCUUUACAGCUUAUGCCCCAUCUUUUUGCACACUGUAUUCCACCAAGUUGCAAUUAUAUGAUACUUGUAGCUACUUCAGGAGACACAGGGAGUGCAGUCUUAAAUGGUUUUAGCCGUAUUAAUAAGAAUGAUAAGCAAAGAAUAGCUGUGGCCACGUUUUUUCCUGAGAACGGAGUAAGUGAUUUUCAAAAAGCACAAAUGAUUGGCAGUCAGAAAGAAAAUGGAUGGGCAGUGGGUGUCAAGUCAGAUUUUGAUUUUUGCCAGACAGCUGUAAAAGGCAUUUUUAGAGAUUCCGAUUUUGCUGGCUUUCUUAUUAUGGAAUAUGGAACGGUCUUAAGUUCAGCUAAUUCCAUAAACUGGGGCCGACUGCUUCCCCAAGUAGUUUAUCAUGCCUCUGCAUAUCUUGAUCUUGUUAGCCAAGGAUUUAUUUCUUUUGGAAGCCCAGUGGAUGUCUGUAUUCCCACAGGAAACUUUGGUAACAUUUUAGCAGCAGUGUAUGCCAAAAUGAUGGGAAUCCCUAUUCGCAAAUUUAUUUGUGCCUCUAAUCAGAACCAUGUUUUGACUGAUUUUAUAAAAACAGGACACUAUGACCUAAGGGAAAGAAAAUUAGCACAAACCUUUUCACCAGCAAUCGAUAUUCUUAAAGCUUCAAACCUGGAACGACAUUUACACUUGAUGGCUGAUAAAAACGGAAAAUUAAUGACAAAAUUGUUUAAUCAACUAGAAGAGCAGCAUCACUUCCAGAUAGAGAAGAUGCUAGUUGAGAAACUCCAGCAGGAUUUUGUAGCCGACUGGUGCUCCGAGGGAGAGUGUCUGGCAGCUAUUCAUUCCACCUACAGUACUUCGGGGUAUAUUCUGGAUCCACACACUGCUGUUGCAAAAGUGGUUGCAGACAGAAUGCAAGACAAAACUUGCCCAGUGAUUGUCUCAUCUACGGCUCAUUACUCGAAGUUUGCACCUGCUAUCAUGCAGGCUUUAAAGAUUAAAGAAAUCAACCAUACCUCCUCAAGUCAGCUUUACUUGCUGAGUUCCUACAAUGCAUUGCCUCCACCGCACGAAGCCUUAUUAGAGAGAACGAAACAGCAAGAGAAGAUGGAGUACCAGGUUUGUGCAGCUGAUGUGACUGUCAUGAAGAAUCAUGUGGAAAAACUAAUACAAAAUCAAUUCGUAUAAAAAAUUUUUGAGUAAAACUUUUUUUUUUUUUUCUGGUGAUAAGCAUGCCAUAAUAAAUCCCAGACAUUGAUUUGGAGUACAAUAGCAUUUUCCUUUUUUUGGUAAAUAUAGCUACAUGUAGAUCUAUUAUCUUUUGGAAUUUCAAAUAACCUGAUCUCUAUAACUGAACAUUGUACCUGCACAUGCUCCUUAAAACCUUAUAAUCUGGAAGUGACAAAAGGGUAGCAUAGUGCAUGGACCUUUGUGUUGUGCUGUGCUUUGCACUCGUGAGGGAUAUAUCAGUUUCUACGCCCUCAUCCCCACUUUUAAGUGGAUCAGAAUGUCUGGUAUUCAACUUGGCAAUUAGAAUAUUUAAGCGUAGUUGUUAAGUAAUAUAUCUGUAACAGUUACUAGCUUUCUAUUGACUAGAAAGACAAUUUAUCAUUGAAAUGUCUAACUUGUAUGGAAGAAGUAGUAAGUUCAUCUGUUAAGAUAGGGCCCGGGUUUUUACCUCUCUUCCAAGUCCCAUUUUGGACGACAACUAAUUCUGUGUAUCCUACACCAUCCAAGUUAGAUAAGUGCUCCGUCCUUCACUCCCCUUUGGAUGGUUAUAGUUAGGGUGAUGUAUUUUGAAAAUCAAGACCCAUGAUUUAAAUCUAGGAUGUAAUAACAUAACUAGUUAGUAGUGGAUAUAGAAGUAAAAUUAUCUAUUUCAUGAGAAAAGUUUUCCAAAAUUCAGAGUAUUUCAAUAGUCUUAAUAGAAUAUAUUUCUAGUUAUAGGUAGCAGUGUUUCUGUAUUAUUUAGAGUCCAUUCCUAUAUAAUUCACCUGUUGUCUCUCUCUCCGAUGAACAUUGUCUUUUUUGACAACUGAAGUCACACACAAUUGAAAACACACAUAUCUAGCUUUUCUUUCUUUGUAGUAACAAUAAUUUUAACCAUGACUUACAUUUGUGAAUUUAGUGGAUAUUUUAUUUCUGAAUUAAAGAUUGUUACUGAAAGGAUCUGUAGUGUAAUGGACUACUCUCAACCACAAGAUGGCAUUCCUGACAUAAUUUGUCUUUGCUGAUAAUAUUCUGCCUCAUUUUCUAAGAGAACUACCUCCAUGAGGAAACAUAUUAAAAGUUGUAAAGAAAAAAAUUUAAUAGUUUAAUGAGUAGAAACAAUUUGUUUAAAAAAUACUAAAAAUCAAACCAAUGUUGUGUUAACAUUGGAUGUCUGGCUUGGCUUCUACCAAGUAAGUUCUAAAACCAAAAAUUGAAAACCAGAAGUAGGGACAAGAAAAUAAUGGAGGAUUCAAAGUUCAGUUAUUCACAUAUUUUUUUCUUUUGCUUUUAAGAAUAUCUGUUUAAGUAGAUGACAUUUAAAAAAUAGAACAACGAACAGCUAAGUGUUCACUGUAUGAGAAUGCACUAUUCUUCUGAAAGGGGGAACAAUGGUGCUUAAAAAAAAAAAAAAAAAAGACAUGAUUUCUGUCCUCAAGAACUGUAGCUAGGGAGACCACCCAGAAGAAUGAAGCCAUGUACAACACAAAAGAGUGACUGCAAGGUAGUUUAUGAGCAAGUAAAAAAUGAGUGAUAAGAGUUAAGCGCUGUAAGGAUUAAAAGGAAAGGAUUGCCGUGGAAUAGAACAGGUUUCACAGAAGACGUAGAACGUGAGGUGAGUCUUGAAGGAUGGGAAGAUUUUCUAGGUGAAAAGGAAGGGGAAAUAUAUUCUAGACAGAGGCCAGGGAAACACGUAAGGUGAAAUGCCGAGGACAGCACCUGCAUUUAUUUGUCUGUGGUCAGUUGUUUCUCUGACUGCCCCAAGCUGUCACUUCAUGCCUUCAUUUCUUCUCAAAGCCAGCUCUGCCCUUCCCCUUGGAGCCUCAUUCAAGAGGAGCGAGCCACCAUAUCUGAUGUACUUCCGUUUCCCAUCAUCAACUGUAUAAAUCUGUGCCUGUUAUUAUUAGCUUUCCCUACCGCCCUCUGCCUGAAUGAGACCGCUCCUCCUCCUGUCAGAGCAAACCUUCCCGCGUGCCUCGCCUCAUCAGUCAUCCCUGCUGUUUCUUCAGCCUCUCCCCUCUGAUGGAACCUUUCUGUCAUUCAGAUGCUCUCUUCAUAUCUUAACAAGAGCAAAACAAAAUCUCUGAGAACAUUCACAUUUCUUCCCAUCUUUUAUUCCUUUACAUGCAAGAUCAGUGGUCUUCAAAAAGAGUUGUCUGUACAGUCACCAUUUUCUUGCCUCUCAUUUUCUCCGUAUACAUAAAGUAUAUGUACAGUUUAAGGAGGAGUAAUAGAACAAAUACCCAUGUACUCACCACCUUGCUCGAAGAGUAGAACGUUACUCACACCUCUGAUAGCCACACGGUCUCCUCUUUGAUUACGUGCACUUCUCUCCCCGAGGUAACCACUAACCUAAAUUUUCAUCAUUCUUGUUUGUUUUUAUAAUUUUUCGUUGCUUAGUUUUGCCUCUUUUUGAAUCUUAGGUAAGAGGAGUCACACUGUAUUUUUCCAUGACUUUAUAUUUUGCUCAAGAACUUUAAAAAUCCAUCCAUGCAGAUGAGUGGAGCCACAGUUCAUUAAUUUUUUUAUUACUAUAUAUAUAAUAUUCCAUUGUAUGAAUACCACAGUCUAUCCUUUUACCAGUUAGUCGACGUCUAGCUUGUCUCAUGUUUAUCUGUUCUUGUAUGCAGUAGGUGUACUGUUUUGUAAAAUUUGUGUUGAAGACUAGUGAAUAUGGACUUUCAAACAUUUGUGCUUCUUUCCAAUAAUAUGUAAAAGUAGGUUUCAUAUCUUGGCGUCAUUAAAAUAAAAACUUGUGCUUUGUCUAUGAAAUGAAAAAUUGUUAUUAAAUUUCAGGCUGUCAUAAUUUCUAGCUUUAACUGAGAAAUUAUAAUGUCAUAAAUAUAGCAAAUUGAGGAUUUUUGAGGAAAAAAAUGAGAUUUUAAAAUUACACAUUAAUGGAAAUCAUAAAAUAGGUUUCCUUCAAAAUAGAUGGUAGAAGGCAAAUUGUUUUGUAUGAGUUUUUUGUUAGAUUUUAAUAACAAUUCACUCUGAAAACCAAUCACUUGUGGCAAAUACUGUUUCAAUCCAUUAAAUAACUUAUAAACCUUACAUAAUUCAAACUACUUAAUUUUCUUAAAAAGGCUAUGUUCAUGUGAUCCUCAAACCCAUAAAAACAUAAAUAGUACAGUUUUUGUCACAAUCCAGGAACUUGAAUAAAAUCUGCAUAUGAAAUAGGUAUUUGUGUGGGCCCUGUGUGUGCACUCCAACCAUUAGAAUCAUUAGUUUUAUCUCUUCAGACUUUAAAAACAAAUAGGCUCUUUUAAAAUCAAAGUUAGCGUAAGCUCCUCUGAUUCAAAAAAGUAGAGCCAGAAAAGUUGCCAGUGUCAAGCAAAAGGGACCCGUCAGAGACAAGAAACCAAAUCAG